AUGCAAAAAUUCCUUCCUACAUUGCGCCCAACUUUUGCCUAUGCCCGGCAAAUCGCUCGUCUUUCUUCGGCUAAACAGCUCGAGCACCUAAUCGUCGAGCGCGUGGGCGCCAAGCAAAAUGUGGGCCUCAUCCGACUACAUCGCCCGAAAGCCCACAACGCUCUGUGCACACCGUUGAUGGCCGAGAUGUGCACGACGGUGCGUGAGUUUGACAAUGACGAGAAAAUUGGCGCCAUCGUCAUCACGGGGAGCGAAAAGAUCUUUGCUGCCGGGGCUGACAUCAAAGAGAUGAUGCCGAAAGAGUUCGCGUCAAUCUAUCAAGGACGAUUCUUGGAAGAAUGGAACGCGAUCACCGAGUGCCGAAAGCCGAUUAUCGCUGCUGUCAAUGGGUUUUGUCUUGGAGGUGGGUGCGAGCUCGUAAUGAUGUGCGACAUCAUCUACGCCGGUCACCAUGCUCAGUUCGGACAACCUGAAAUCAACAUCGGCACCGUUCCUGGAGCUGGUGGCACCCAACGUCUAACCCGAGCAGUAGGAAAAUCGCUCGCUAUGGAGAUGGUCCUUUCCGGAAAUCGUAUCACUGCCGAAGCUGCCCUACAAGCCGGUCUUGUUUCGAAGGUGUACAAUGCCAAAGAAGUGCUUGGCAAGGCCAUCGAGCUCGGCGAGAAAAUCAGCGACCAAUCCCCACUGAUCGUUCAAAUGUGCAAGGAAUCUGUCAACAAAGCCUUUGAAACGACGCUACGCGAAGGACUGCACUUCGAGCGCCGCCUUUUCCAUACAACCUUCGCGACGAAAGAUCGAAAGGAGGGCAUGACGGCCUUUGCGGAGAAGCGGAAGCCCCAAUGGAAGUCUAAA